UCGCUCGCGAAAAAGUUGACGAAACUCUCUUAACGGAGCCGCCUACCUUCGCCGUCGGCGAAGCUAUUUCAGGAUGAAGGAAGUUGGAGAUCAAAAGGAAAAGCCUGAUGGAUCUGCUGCGCGAACAAGACCAACAAGCGUUGAGGAGAUUAUGCAGAGGAGGAAGAGGAAAGAGUCUGUGGAUGCUCCCUUACUGGGUAAUGAUCUUGUUGACAAGGCUUCCGGCUAUCAUGAGUCCAGGAAAGUGAGUCGUGAAGAAAGAGGUAAGAAUAGUUCAAGAAAGAAAGAAGAUGCGAUUUCUAAUUCCAGGGAGGAAGGACAGGAUAAAUUGAGGAUAGAAGAGGCUUUGGGAGCUGUUCAGUUAGUGGGUAAUGAUGUUGUUGAGAAGAUUUCUGACUAUCAUGAAUCUGAUAGAUCGGAGAAACUGAGGCAUGGAGAGCUUGUUAAGGACAGUUCAAGAAAUAAAGAAGAGGCCAUUUCUAGCUCCAAAGAUGAAAAACUAGAUAACGAGGGCACUGUUGGAGUAGAUAAGGUACUGGAUAACGAUCUUGCUGAGAAGGUUUCUGACGAUCAUGCCUCUGGAAAAGGGAAUGAUAAGUCCAAGAAAGUAAGGCAUGAAGAACGUGUCAGGGACAGGUCAAGAAAGAGAGAAGAUGGCACCUCUAGUUCGAGGGAUGAAGGACUAGAUAAACCGAGGAAAGAGGAGCAUGUUGAGGCAACUCAGUUACUGGGUAAUAAUGUUGUUGAGAAGGUUUUGGACUAUCAUACGUCUGAAAAAGAGCUUGAAAAAUCUAAGAAAGUGAGUCGUGAAAGUGUAAAGGACAGCUCAAGAAAGAAAGAAGAUGCUAGUUCUAGUUCUAGAGAUGAAGGACUAGAUAAACCGAGGAAAGAGGUCCAUGUUGAAGCAGCUCAGUUACUGGGUAAUGAUCUUGUUGAGAAGGUUCCGGACUAUCAUGCAUCUGAAAAAGAGCUUGAAAGAUCCAAGAAAGUGAGUCGUGAAAGUGUCAAGGACAGCUCAAGAAAGAAAGAAGACGCUACUUCUAGUUCUAGGGAUGAAAGACUAGAUAAACCAAUGCUAAAGGACACUGUUGAUAAGGUUUCUGACUACCGUGCGUCCAGAAGAGAGCAUGACAGAUCCAAGAAAUUAAGACGUGAUGAACGCGUUAAGGACAGUUCAAAAAAGAAAGACACCUUAUCUAGUUCUAGAGAAGAAAAUUCAGUGAAAGAGGAUCCUAUAGGAGCAGCUCAAUUACUGAGUAACGAUCUUGUUGAGAAGGUUUCUGACUAUCAUGAGUCUAAAAGAGGGUAUCAUAGAUCUGAGAAACAGAGGCUUGAAGAACAUGAUAAGGACAGAUCAAGAAAGAAGGGGGAAGCCAUUUCUUGUUUUAGAGAAGAAAAACUAGAUAAACCAACAAAAGAGGAAGAGCCUGCUGGGAAUAGAAAACGGAAGGCAAAAGGAGAGGGUUCUACAUCUAAAGAAAAAAUAGUGGAAGAACAUAUUAAGGAUAGACGAAUAAAGAAAGAAGAAACUUAUUCUAGUUUUAGGGAGGAAAGACCAGAUAAAAAGAUGAAGAAGGAAGACCUUGCUGCAAACAGAAAAAUAAGGGUUGAAGAAGAAAUUACUACAACUGAAACGAAAACAAGGACAGAUAGAGAUGGGCGUGGUGUAGAUACCAAAAUGAAGGCAAACAGAGAAAGGCAUACUGAAAAGACAACUGAAAAGCAGAUUCAUCCACAGGAAACAGGCGGAGAACAAGGAAGAAAUGCUCUUGACAAAAUAGCUGGUAGUAGGAAGCGUCUUAGAAGUCUAGUGGUGGCAGACAUACCUCGAAAUGAAAAUAGUAUGAAACCUGACAGUGGAAACAAGAGAAAGAAUCAAAAUGGAGAUCAUAUGAAGAAUAGGGAGAGAAAUGAGUCGAGGAGGCAUGAUCCAGAAAAAGUUCACAGUGUUAAAGUUUCAGAGCGAUCGGAGAAAAGAGAACAGCCCAAAUCGGAUCAACGUGACAUGAGAGAGAGAAGGAGAUCAAGAAGUCGAGAUCAUGGGCAGGAUAGGCAGAAAAGGUCAUCUCCCUUACCAAAGGCUGAAAAGACUACAUCGCGUCAUAAAAGAGGCCAUGAGGAGCGCUCCGAAAAUGCUGUUAAGGAUAGGUCAGGAAAGCAUCACUUUAAUGAUAAUGAUAACAAGCCUAGACGGUAUAGUUCUUCCAAUAGUGAACUUGGUGGAUACUCACCACGGAAAAGAAGGGAGGAGGCCUCUGUCAAGGCUGCUUCUCCAUCUAACCUUUCUUCAGAGAAAAAGGGUGCUAAAUGGGAUUUUCCACCUCCUGUUGUGGCUGGCAUGUUCUCGAACUCAGGUUUUUCUGGUCUCCAACCAGCCACUCAGAUAGCAUAUCCUACCAUGAGCGAGGCUUCCUUGACGCUUUUGAAGCCACAUAUAGAGGCAUCUUUUAGGACGCCACCAGCAAGGCAGACCACUUCAAUUGAUUCUGUUCAACUGACCGAAUCCACCAGGCGUAUGAGGAGACUUUACGCAGAAAAUGUGCCAGAUUCGGCCUCUGAGAAGUCUCUGAUUGAAUGCUUCAAUGGCUAUAUGCUAUCUUCAGGCUCCAAUCACAUAAAAGGAAGCGAACCAUGUAUAAGUUGUAUUAUAAACAAGGAAAAAAAUCAGGCGCUAGUUGAGUUCCUUACACCACAGGAUGCUUCUGCUGCACUCUCCUUGGAUGGCUGCUCCUUUGCGGGUUCAAACCUCAAAAUUCGACGCCCUAAAGACUAUGUCGAGACAACAAGCGUUGAAUUGGAGAAAAAGGAGCCAGCCACAAAUGCACUAAGUGACAAUGUGGAGGACUCAUCGAACAAGAUCUUUAUUGGCGGAUUUCCAAAAGCAAUUUCAUCUGAAAUGCUAAAGGAGAUUGUGAGCGUCUUUGGACCUAUAAAAGCAUACCGGUUCGUGAUCAACAAUGAUCUCAGUCAGCGAUGCGCUUUCCUAGAGUACACUGAUGGAUCUGUUACCCCCAAAGCUUGUGCUGGCCUUAAUGGUAUGAAGUUAGGUGGCAGUGUAAUAACUGCCGUUUUAGCACUUCCUGAUGCAUCAUCUGUAGCGGCAACUGAGAAUCCACCAUUCUAUGGGAUACCAGAGCACGCAAAACCACUUCUUGGCAAGCCUAAGCAUAUCUUAAAGCUUAAGAACUUGGUUGCUCCAGAAGAUCUACCUUCGCUUUCCGAGCCAGAAGUGAAAGAAACUCUGGAGGAUGUACGUCUAGAAUGUGCCAGGUUUGGUGUUAUUAAGUCGAUAAACAUCGUGGGAUAUGAGAGCAAAGAUAUUAGUGGUUCCAAACCAGAUGCAUCUUUGAACCCAGAAUCUAAAGUAAUGAAUGUGUCAGUAAUACAGGAGAGAGAGGAGGUAUCCAAGAAAAUGGAUGACAGAGCAGACAAUGUGGAUAAUGGAGACGUUGUCAAAUCAGAGAGUUCGACGGGUGACAACGAGUUAUGUGAACCGUGCUCAGUUACUGCGCUUGAGACAAUCACUCAAGCAAAUGAAGAUCAGGACUCCACUGAACAAGGCAAUUGCGAAAAGCUUAUCGGGGAAAGUAAGGCAGCGAUUCCGCAAGAAGAAGUAGGAUCAGCUCGUACUCAAGAUGACGCAGAGAGUCCACAAGAAGUAGGAUCAGCCCGUGCUCAAGAUGGGCCAGAGAUUCCGCAAGAAGAAGAAUCAGCUCGUGCUUCUCAAGAUGAGCCAGAGAAUCCGCAAGGAGGAUCAGCACGUGCUGUCAAGACAAGAUGGGAUAGUGACGACAAGAUAGAGGAAGAACAAGACCCCAAGGUUGUGUUUGAGCCAGGCUGUAUCUUCAUAGAGUAUGGAAGACCAGAAGCAACACGCGUUGCAGCGCAUUCGUUGCACGGACGGCUCUACGACAACAGGAUUGUGAAAGCGGAAUACGUUUCUAAAGAGCUAUACAAAACCAGGUUCCCAGGUGGGUAAAGAAAGAAUCUUGACCCACUUCCCCCACACAAAAAAGUGACCAGUAAUCUUAUUCUUACUUAUCUUGACCACCUACAUACCGUUUCAAACCGGAGUCAAAGAAACUUACCGUUUGAAUGGCUUGACUCUUAUUUUGACAACUUAACAGUUGUUUUAAAACAUCUAUAUUUUAAAACCCUUGAAAAAAUCUAUUUAAAUAGUUCAGACUGAUCAGAUUGGGUUUUCGUCAUCACCAUCUUUGAUUAGAGGACACUUUGUUUGCUAUGUUUGCUUUCUUCCCAGUAAAAGUACACGGCAUACCUUGCGAGAGAGUAAAACUGUGUACAUGUCUUAGUUGUGUUGCAUAGUGUCUUGUACCGUAACACCUUUGUCA